AUGCACAAGUGGAAUCUUCCGUACCGGAAAGAUGACGUAGAGAGCGGCGGUGGCGAGAGAUCGCUGUAUCCGACGAUGCUCGAGAGCCCCGAACUCCGCUGGGGUUUCAUCCGUAAAGUCUAUUCAAUAAUCGCUUUUCAGCUUUUAGCAACCAUUGCCGUCGCUGCCACGGUGGUUACCGUUCGUCCCAUCGCCGUCUUCUUCGCCACCACUACUGCCGGUUUGGCUCUCUGGAUUGUCAUACUCAUCACCCCCCUCAUAGUUAUUUGUCCUUUGUACUAUUACCAUCAGAAACAUCCGGUGAAUUACUUGCUUCUUGGGAUUUUCACGGUGGCUUUGGUUUUUGGCGUCGGAUUAUCAUGUGCAUUCACCAGUGGGAAAGUGAUUCUUGAGGCAGCGAUCUUAACAACGGUAGUGGUGCUUUCCUUAACUCUCUACACAUUCUGGGCAGCCAAAAAAGGAUAUGACUUCAAUUUCCUCGGUCCCUUCUUGUUUGGUGCUAUCAUCGUUCUCAUCGUCUUUGGCUUUAUUCAGAUUCUGUUCCCUUUGGGUCGGAUCUCAGUGAUGAUCUAUGGUUGCUUGGCGUCGAUCAUAUUCUGUGGCUACAUAGUUUAUGACACAGACAAUCUCAUCAAACGUUAUAGUUACGAUGAGUAUAUUUGGGCAGCAGUUUCGCUCUACUUGGACACCAUCAACCUCUUCUUGUCUCUCCUUACCAUUUUCAGAGCUGCUGAUGUUUAA